AUGAGUCAUUCAAAUCGUAGCCAUUUGGGGGAAGAUGUGUUGGAUGUGGAGCACAAAAUAGUUUUAGAGACUAACAAGCGCAAAAAAGUAGAGCGCGCACUUGGGCACCUCCGUUCGCAGGGACUACCUAAAACCCACAAAGAAGUGACAUUUCAAACCUUAUUAGAAAGUAUUGAAAGUGUUAAAAAGGAAAAAAACACAAUUCGCGAGUGGUUAGAACGUGGUGUUGCAGAGGCAGAACGUGUAUCUGAGCAAUUGUUACAGUUGUCUGAAGAAGUGCAGCACGCUGAGGAGCUAGAAACUAAAGUUAAACUGUCAGUACAUGAACUUACUGAUUAUUAUAGUCAAUUGCAGCAAGACCUUCACAAUAUGAACCUUGAAGUAAGAUCUUUACAGCAUGAUAUCAGUAUGAAGAAGGAUGUUGAGGCUGUGGAAGUGGUACAAACAAAUGCUCAGAAAAAUGAAGAUUUUUCUCUUUUUGACUUGAGUGCUCUGAAAAAAACCGUAGAGGAGUUACGCCGCAAAGUAGCUAUGGUUGAGACGGCAGAGGCAGCUAUGGGUUGUCUUGCUGCAUGUUCCCGUCGUUCACUUCAUGAACUUGGAAAACUUAGUAUCGCUGUAAACAACACUGAUGUGUUAGGUGAAUGGAAGGAAACUGAAGAUGAUACCGAUUCGUUUGAUUCUGAAGAAGGUGCAGACAGUACACGUCAUUCACCAGUAGUUCUCACAUCAGCAAAAGCAAUUCUUGAUCGAUGUGACUUAUGUCUUUGUACAAUCUGGUCUGGAUUGAGCCGUGUUGCAUUUGAUAAGGCUCACCACCGGCGUCAACAAGAUAUGCGGUAUGAAGAGGCAUAUGUAGCCGUUGAACGGGAUUAUGAAAUGACUAUGCAAAACUGUGCCACACACUUGCAACAGUUACGGGAUGAAGUGGAAUUGUGGAAGAGCAAAUAUUCCACAUUUGAGAGUUUGGUAAAAGAGUGGGAGGUGGGAGAUAAUAAAAACACGGGAAUAUUUUAUACAAAAGAUAGGUGUGAAAACGAAACUAAUGAAAGUUUCACAAAAAAAGAGGAAAAUGAUACUGAUGAAAGUUUUGCUACCGCAUUGAAGCGCGAGAAAACCUCUUUAGAGGAUAAUUAUCAUCGUUUACAAGCUACAAAGGAAUCAUUGGAGAAUAAGAUAGAUAUUGCUACAAAUGAUUACAAAUGUGUCAGGGAGUUAAAACAUGAAUAUCGUGAUCUGGAGUUAAGGAAGUCAGAACUCGUGCGUAUAAAUGAACAGCUUCGAAAAAAGAAUCGAAUGAUGAAGCUGGCCGCAUGGAAAAUAGACAUGACAUUACCACUGACGCUUAUCGACAAGUAG